GAAGAGGAAGAAGAAGAGGAAAGGAAGAGGAAGAGGAAGAGGAAGAGGAAGAAGAAAAGGAAGAGGAAGAGGAAGAGGAAGAGGAAAAGGAAGAGGAAGAGGAAGAGAAAAAGGAAGGAGAAAAUUGUGAAGGUAAAAAAGAGCUAAAAGAAAAGAAUUGA